AUGUCACAAGAGGGGUUGAAAAUGCUGCAACCAGAUUUUGGGACAUUGGAGGAAGACUUGGAGGUAUCUAAGCUCGAUACUCUUCAAUGCAUCGAUCAUUUGCGACGUAGUGGCGAUAACAUUGGAAUUCAGCAUUAUGUGAUUCAACGGUUGUAUGGGAUGAACUAUGAUGAAUUAGAGUUCUACAUACCACAGUUUAUUCAAUUGCUAGUGUCAUUUGAAACAGAAUCAAUGGCACUUGAAGACUUUUUGUUGGACUACUGCGGCAAAUAUCCACAUUUCAGCUUGAUUGUUUUUUGGAAUCUUCAAGCUUUCAUUUUCGAACUUAGGAAUGAUUCAGAACUGUAUUCCUUUCAAACUGUUAGAAAAUUUGUAAACAAACUUCAAGGAAUCAUGUUCAACUCAGACAUUGUAUAUAAUAGGGUACAGGAAUUCAGAGAAAAUCUUCAUCCAGCAUUGAUUUUGGGAGGGGCCAUUGCUGCAAGCAUUGCUGCUCCUAGAAUCAAUAACUAUGUUGCUCCUUUAAUAAAGUCUCAAGGAAGACAACAAAAGUCAUUUGUUUUCAAGCUAGCUAACUAUCAAAAAGCAUUGACUAGAAAUUUAACAAUGAAAAAUCAGAGACUUUCUUCUGAUGCCACAAUGUCUUACAAUUCUGACGACGAGGGCCGCCCUCAAGAUUCUAAUAUAAUCAGAAGUAAGAGUCUAGAUACGCAAAGGAGAAUUUCUUCCCUGUCAAAGUCAAUUUCGAAACGAGUAGCACUGGUUUCUUUAUCAGAUGAUUCCGAAGCAAAUACAACUGAUGAAGAUAUUGAAGUGAAAAGUGACUCUAAAGUAAGGGAAAAAUUAGCCAGCUUAGAGUUGGAUAGAGCGGACCAAAGUGCCUACCUUAAAGAACUAGAAGACCUUCAAGACUUAAAAAUUAACACAGUAAUCAAAUCAAAAAAGCAAUUAAGGAAGCGUACGAAUUCCGAAGUUCAGGCACCGAAGAGCGAUAAGUAUAAUCUAAAUUCUCAUUCAAUGCCUGAUUUAUUAACUGGUGACAAAAGUAGGCCGUCACUUCAUAUCACAGAAUCUGAAUAUGCUAUUGGGCAAUCUCCAAGACGCAAUUUAUCCCAACAUUCACAGCUGGCAAGAGCAACUUCAUAUUCUCAUUUGCUUAAAUUAUUACAGGUCAACUAUGCGAAGAAAGAGACAGAAUUCAUUAUGGCUCUCCUGAACGUGUCGUUAAGGUUAGCACUGGUUCCAAAGCAGGCUCGGUUAUCUGCCUUACGAGCCGAGUUAUCCAUUAUCAACGAAACUUUACUUCCUUCAGAAAUUGAUAUCCCUCAGUUACUUCCCAUAACAAGCAAUAAAAACAAGAAAUAUCAUAAAAUUUUGAGACUAAAUGUCAAUGAAGCGUGUGUUUUGAACUCUGCAGAAAGGGUACCAUUUCUCUUAUCAAUUGAAUAUCUUAGUGAUGAGUUGGAUUUCAACCCGUUUAGUGAAUAUAAUCAAAAAAUCAUUUCAAAGGGCGUUCAGUCUGGUGGCAUUAGAUCCCAAAUACCUACUGCCGAUUCCAUGGAUAUCUCAGACAAUGAUCUCAAGUCGGCUGAUAGUGAUCGCUAUAGUGUCGAAAAUAAUGAAGACUAUGUCGGAUCUAAUUCUCAAAUUGAAGCUGAUAUAAGCGAAAUGCCAAUCUUGUCUCAAAGGAGUUCCAGUAGUGAUUUGAAAAGAAUGAAAUCGUUUGAAAUAAAUGACAAGGGUAUCAUAGGGGCUACGCUUGAAGAAAGAAGAGAUAGUCCUACACUCGGUGCAAAUCUUGCGUCAGAGAAUUCCACAAAGACAUUAGCAGAUCGCAUGAGAAUUGCUUCCGUGAUGUUGCAACAGUUGGAAAGUUCAGGACGUUCUACAUCAGAACAUUCAAUUGCUAUCAAGAAUCGAAUAGUGGAUUCAAUGAUAUCUUUACAGGAUCAAUUUGAUUCCAUGACCUUUGAAACUCUUACUCAAUUAACAGGUGAUAAACAAGAUGCUGGUGAGCGUAAGCUUGAAAAUGAUUUCAAACUAGGAGAAGAUUGGAAAACUAAAAAAAUGCGGAUUCGCAAUUCAAGCGUAUACGGUCAUUUGCAAAAUUGGGACUUAUGUUCCGUCAUUGCCAAGAAUGGAGACGAUUUACCUCAAGAAGCCUUUGCUUGUCAACUCAUUACUUUAAUAUUCAACAUUUGGAAAAAAUAUGACGUAAAGGCGUGGAUAAAACGAAUGAAAAUAUUGAUAACCAGUGCCAAUACAGGAUUAGUGGAAACUAUAACGAAUGCAAUGUCCAUCCAUUCAAUAAAGAAGUCAUUAACGGAAAUUUCGAUUGCAGGCAGAGAGAAUUCAAAGGGAAAUAUCUUUUCAUUGCAAGAUUAUUUUAUGAAAAUUUAUGGUUCUCCUACUUCAGCUAAAUAUAAGCAGGCGCAAGAAAAUUUUGCCGUCAGUCUUGCAUCAUAUUCAAUAAUUUGCUAUGUGCUUCAGGUUAAAGAUAGACACAAUGGUAAUAUUAUGCUCGAUAAUGAAGGUCAUAUUAUUCACAUCGAUUUUGGGUUUCUUUUGUCGAACUCCCCUGGAAGCGUUGGCUUUGAAGCAUCUCCUUUUAAAUUGACGAUGGAAUAUGUGGAUUUAAUGGGAGGUUUCGAGAGUCCCACUUACUUGAGGUUCAAAAAUUUGUGCAAAGACUGUUUCAAAGCAUUGAGAAAGGAUAGUGAUGAGAUAAUUGACUUAGUUGAGUUGAUGCAGAAAGAUUCAAACUUGCCUUGUUUCAAAAGUGGAGAAAAUACAAGCGUUUUACUUAGGCAAAGGUUACAAUUGCAGUUGACAGAUGAAGAAGUCGAUCAAUUUGUUGAAAGCUUUCUUAUAGGUAAAAGUUUGGGAAGCAUGUACACUAGACUUUACGACCAAUUUCAAAUGUUGACUCAAGGCAUUUAUAACUAA